AUGGCCGACUACGAAACCCACCACCACUCAUCAAUCCCAAAAGAGACAGCUCUGCAAGCCCUAAACACCAUCAUCCAGCUUCACUUCGAGAAGACCCUCGAGAAGAAGAGGUCCAUAGACCUCCAGAAGAAGGAGCUCCACAAGCUCUUCAUCCUGUUCUUCAUCUUCCUCAGCCUCAUCUUCUUUGCCGAGGCCCAGUCCUCGAGGCUCCAAUGCCGCCACUGCUGGGUCCCAAUCGUCCUCCUCUCCCUGGCCCACCUCAUCUUCUACGUGGCAGUUGCUCAGACCCUGCGCUGCAUCAAUGGGUUCAAGUACCAGAGGCGCUGCCACAAGCUAACACUUGGGCUGGCCACUGAGAAGCUGAGGGAGAUGAAGAUGAGGCUGAGUAGCGCUAAUGGCGGUGGAGGGGACUUUGAUGGGGUUUCUGAGAAUGAGUUUGAGAUUCAUUAUCAAGAGCCUCCUGAGAGUUACUUUGGUAAGUUCAAGAGGAAUUGGGCUUUGCAUUUUGGCUUCUUGAUUGUCAUUUAUGGCUUCAUGGUGGCUUCCUCUGUUGUUCUCCUCUGUUUUUAG